UCACCACACUGCCGCACUGCACGUUGACCAACCACCACCAACCAACAAACCAACCAACCACCAACCAUGGACGAGGAAGCAAGGAAGGCGCUUGUGCUUCGGCUGUUUGACAUUGGGGCCGUCAAGUUUGGCACGUUCACGCUGAAGAGUGGCAUCGAGUCGCCCGUGUAUGUGGACUUGCGGGUGCUCGUCUCCCACCCUGAUGUGCUGGACCAAGUUGCCAACGCUCUUCUGUCUGCCGUCUCCUCCGUCGAAUAUGACACCCUGUGUGGCGUCCCAUACACAGCGCUUCCAUUUGCGACACUGAUGUCCUCAAAGACGGGCAAGCCCAUGCUUAUGAGGAGAAAGGAGGUGAAGGCAUACGGCACGAAGAAGAUGAUCGAAGGCGUCAUCACACCUGGACAACGGUGUUUGAUCGUGGAAGACCUUGUGACGUCUGGCCUGAGCGUCUUUGAGACCGUGGAGCCAUUGGAGCGCGAACAGUUGAUUGUGAACGACGUUGUGGUGCUGCUGGACCGUGGUCAAGGCGGCCGCAAGAACAUCGAAACACGCGGCAAGAACCUCCGCUCCGUCCUCACACUCGCCCAGGUGCUUGAUGUGCUGGUUGCAGCAGGCAAGGUUGACACGGUCACUGCUGACCGCGUCACAGCGUUCAUCCGUGACAACCAGGUGACGGUGACGGACAAGCUGGAGGCACAGGUGCUGCCGACGAAAAAGGCAAAACUCCAACGCACGCCCUUUGAAGACCGGGCGAAGCUGUGCAAGAACGCCGUUGGUGUUGCCCUCUUCUCUCUCAUGGCACGAAAGAAGACGAACUUGUGCGUCGCUGCCGAUGUCGUCGAGGCAAAAGCCCUUCUCGACCUCGCAGACGCUGUUGGCCCCCAGAUUUGUGUCCUGAAAACGCACUGCGAUAUUGUGCGCGAUUGGACGGACGAAACCGGAACACAACUCCGAUUCCUCGCAGACAAGCACGAUUUCCUCAUCUUUGAGGAUCGCAAGUUUGCGGACAUUGGCAACACCGUUGUGCAGCAGUGCAGUGGCGGCGUUCACCGCAUUGCGUCAUGGGCUCAUUUCACAAACGCGCAUGCACUUCCAGGCGACGGAAUCGUGGACGGAUUGCGGACGGCGGCCGGCGUUGAGAAUCACGGUCUCCUCCUCCUCGCACAAAUGAGCAGUGCCGGCAACCUCCUGAACAAAGAGUACACAUCCGCGUGCGUCGAAAUGGCAAAACGCCACACCGACUUCGUCUUCGGCUUCAUUUCCCAAGAGCGCGUGAUUGAGGGCUCUGAGGGCGAUGCAUUCGUCUACAUGACGCCAGGCGUGAAGCUGAGCCAGGAGGGUGAUGGACUUGGGCAGCAGUACAACACGCCCACAGCGGUGAUUGCAGAUCGCAACAGCGAUAUCAUCAUCGUUGGCCGCGGCAUCUACAAGUCCGACAACCCCGCGGCCACUGCCGCCAUCUACCGCAAGCAGGCCUGGGACGCACUCGCAUAGCCAACACGCUGUGUGUGCGUGUGUGCGUCGUGAACUCGUGUGGAUUUUUCUCUCUGCCUCUCUGUCUUGUCUGUCCCCCGUGCGCCCUGUUGCUUUUGGCUUGUUGCGUUCAUUUUGGCCCGGGUACACCGAGCGAAACAGCAAAUUAGUCGAAGAAAACACA